CGGAUUGCAGUGACUGACUGCCCAAUGGCAGCCCCGAGUCUCAGGAGAGUUACAGAGAGAGGGGGGGAGAGAGAGAGAGAGAGUCACUUUCUGCCAUCCAAAUCCCUUAAACCAUCCUCAUUCCAAUACGAGAACCCACUGUAACAACUUCCAACCACUGAGACAUGACAGGCAGGAGCCCAGAGGCAGCAGCAGCAGCAAGAACAGCGGCAGCAGCACAUACUCUGCCCAGGGAGCAGCAUUAGCACCAGGGGAAUACUAGACACAACAAUACAAACAAACAAACAAACAAACAGACAAAGCCCCCCCAAGCCCAAGGGACUGGAUUCCAACUCAGAUUCAAGCCACAGCUGACACCAAAAAGGGUGGGGAAUUACGACCAGGGGGGCCCAGAAAGGAAUAACCAAGGAAGCGAACUCCAAGAGUGUAAACGGGAUUCAGCCAUGAUCCUUUUUUCAUCUCGCAGUGUGUUACUCUCAGUGUAUUACCCUCAGAUUUUCCUCAUCCUUACCAGUGGGAGUUACCUGUAAGUGAUCCAGAUUUUUUUUUUAUUUUAUUUUUUUUUUUUCAAAAUCCUGUUUGAAAUUACCCCGCUAGCAGCUACCUAGGGGGUAACGCGCAAAGCAAGCAGAGGGAGCCGGGAGAAGCCAGCACGGGCGGCAGCUCCGUGCAGUGCGUGGUGGUGAGGAUGGUGGUGGCGGAGGUGCUGUGCUGGUGGCGGUGGUGUUGGCGCCGCUGCUUGAACGCUGCCGGGGGAAGGUGCGCACCGCCAGAGCUUUGUCAUCCGUGGUGGCUUUAGGAGCUAAUAUCAUCUGCAACAAAAUCCCAGGCCUGGCCCCUCGGCAGCGAGCGAUCUGCCAGAGCCGCCCUGAUGCCAUCAUUGUGAUUGGGGAAGGGGCACAAAUGGGAAUCAAUGAGUGUCAGUACCAGUUUCGGUACGGGAGGUGGAACUGCUCUGCACUGGGAGAGAAAACAGUCUUUGGACAAGAGCUUCGAGUAGGAAGCAGGGAAGCUGCGUUCACCUAUGCCAUUACUGCUGCCGGGGUUGCACAUGCUGUCACGGCCGCCUGCAGCCAGGGCAACCUCAGCAAUUGUGGCUGUGACCGAGAGAAACAGGGCUACUACAACCAGGAGGAGGGCUGGAAGUGGGGAGGCUGCUCUGCGGAUAUCAGAUACGGCAUUGAGUUCUCCCGGAGGUUUGUUGAUGCCCGAGAAAUCAAAAAGAAUGCACGGAGGCUGAUGAACUUGCACAACAAUGAGGCUGGAAGAAAGGUUCUUGAAGAAAGAAUGAAAUUGGAGUGCAAGUGUCAUGGAGUUUCAGGUUCCUGUACAACUAAGACCUGCUGGACCACGCUUCCUAAAUUCAGAGAGAUUGGAUAUAUUCUGAAAGAGAAAUACAAUGCUGCAGUGCAAGUGGAGGUGGUACGAGCCAGUAGACUAAGGCAGCCAACCUUCCUGAAGAUCAAGCAGAUUAAGAGUUACCAGAAACCCAUGGAAACAGAUUUAGUGUAUAUCGAAAAGUCACCCAACUACUGUGAGGAAGAUGCUUCCACGGGGAGCGUCGGUACCCAGGGACGACUCUGCAACCGUACCUCUCCCAACGCGGAUGGGUGCGACAUGAUGUGCUGUGGGAGAGGGUACAACACACACCAGUACACCAAGGUGUGGCAAUGCAAUUGCAAAUUCCACUGGUGCUGCUUUGUGAAGUGCAACACGUGUAGCGAGCGGACAGAGGUGUUCACCUGCAAAUAAUGGCAUCACGUGCAAAUGAACAGAACAAAUAACCACGAGUGAAGAAAGUGGAGUACAACAAACGACGACAGCAUCAUUUUGCACAUCUAGUCUUCUUCGGGGAAAAAAACAAAAAAACAAAACACGAACCAAUACAAAACAAACAACACUACAACAACCACUCCCUAUCCUACUACGUACACUUCAAAGGAUGGUGCGUUUUGGCUGGCUGGCUGUUGUAACUGAUUUGGAAACAAGGGUAACAGGAUUAAGGUGAUGUUGACAACCACAUGAAACUUUCUCCCUCUCUCUUUUUUUAACUACAAUCUGGGUGUUGCAGAGUUCUCUGAGUAUGUGUUUUAAGUUAUACAUAUCAGAGAAGCUGAUUGCACCACAGCUACCAUGAAAUUCAAAAGAAAAAGACAUUUUCUCUUAUUUUACAACAAAAAAAACCCCUAAGCCCUGCGCAAAUAAAGACUUUUUAUUUUUUUUUUUGUUUUUUUUUUUUGUUUUAGGUAGUGAAACCUUCACUGACUAGAACACAGCAGUCUUGCUGCAAAAACCUGAGUUUCUAAGAAAGCAGGUAGAAAGAAAACAACUGGUAGGGAGAAAAAAAUCUAUGGUGGAAAUACUCCACUAUCAGUUUGGAAAAAAAUAAAGUUAACAAAAGUACAUCAGCUGCCAGUGACACUGGAACUCUUUGAAUGAACAUUGAAAAUAAUUAUUUAUGUUUUUAAUAGUAUCAAAAAAUUCUAAGCACUAACGGGUAGCUAUGUCUUAAUUCUGUACUAAAUGUAAACUUAUUGGAACUCUGACUUUAUGAUUUUUGUAUUUGGUUCUCCCUAAGUUCUUCAAUGCUACUGAUCUGUUGCCACUCCACUAUUAGAGAUUUCAAUUACUGUAGGCCUUAAGCAAUUACCAGACUGAGCAGAAAGAUCACGCGAAACUGUGGUUACAAAUGCUUGAUAAAGACUUUUCCCGCUUGCCUCCUGAAUAAGAAUGACUCUUUUUAGACUCAGGCUUAAGGCAUGGAGCACCUGCCCUCAGCUCCUCAUAGAGUUUUAGGAUAUGAAUACAUGCUUCAACAAAUGUCAAAGGUUUUGCUUUGCUGACAAAUGCACUGGCAGGAUCUUCCAAGCAUUGCAUUUUGCCUUUAAUGGUUGAAAGUUAAUAUUACAUAUAGUUUUAAAUAACUUAUGCUCAGUAUGAACAGAGAAGAUAAUACAAAUAUGGUAGCUGAGCUCUAGGUUGCUGCAACCUGUGAGCUGUGGUGGCUUCAUGAGCAUAAGAAAGCUAGUAUUUGAGUUAGUCUCUGUUGUUGUUAUUCUAAGGCUGGCAAUAACGUACCCCCUAGUAAAUACAUGUAUGUUGAGAAAGAAGCUGACUUUUUACACCAACACUCAAUUCUAAUUCACACACCUUUUCCCUAUGAGAGAUCAAAAAAAAAUUCCUCAGAUACUUUACUACUGUAAAAUCUAGUGUUUUUAAACCCCAAAGCCAGAUAUGCCCACUUAGUACACAGAACACUUAAUCCUAUGUUUGCUUGCAGCAAGGGUCCCUACCUGAUUUUCUGAAAACUUGGAUUAAAAAUUUCCUAAGGUCUGCGUAUCUGCAUUUCUAGCUUUUGUUUCAUUUUAUUACUUUUAUCGAGGGUCUGCACAGCCAGGGACACGGAACACGGGAGCACUUCCCAUACCACACAGUGCUCUUGGCACUUUGGGGUGGUGGAGCUACUGCUCUGCCAGCUCCCGUGCUGGAUGUGUGAAUGAGCCAGGAUUACCUCCAGAAUUUAUGGACCUGUACUAUCAAAAGUAACUAAUCACCUGGGGACCUUCCUUCAAAUGCUUAUGAGGACCUGUCUUACCAACCCCAAGCACUUACCCUCUGAAAAUCAGACUCCUUUGAUGAGCCUCCAUGGAGCAAUCCAAAAUUGAAGAGCUCAUUUUUUCCCUUGUUGCUGUUGAUUUCUAAAUACUAGCUAGAAAUUCAAACUCAGCCUUGGCGUGAACGAGUGCAACUCCACAGAAGUCAGCAGGAGCCCCCAAAAUGCUAGAGUCACUCCAUAUAAUUUAAAAAUCCCUUUGAUUCAUGGGUAUUGUUGUUGAAUAAUAGUGAUAUACUGUACUUUCACUACAUUCUUGACAGGAAGCAAAUAAAGCUCCCAAGCACAGUAAUGCACAGUCUUGUGGUACUAGGUACUGUAAAUAUAUUAGAAUAGUAUUUGUUAAGUACAAUUGAGGAAUCCAAUUAAGUUAUAUUAUUGUAUAUCAUUUAAAUGUCUAUAGAGUAUUUUAAAUUAUUGUGAACUACACUGCGUUAAAAAAGAAAAAAAAAAAGGUUAUAUAUUAUAACACCAACCACUCUGAAAAGUGGACCAAAGUGACACUUUCUCCUUUUUUUUUUUUUUUUUUACAUACCCCUAUUUCAAAUACCUCUGUCAGCUAUUGUAACACCAUGGUAACAGUCCUACAAUUGGAUUAGCUCUGUUUCAGAGCAUCCUAUAAAAGCUUUGCUUGUGUGGGGGUGCAGCAUUCAGAAAGGUACUGUAUUGCACAAAGCAGAGGCUGACCACAAAAAUCCAUGGACUUUGAACUAUGUCCAAAGAAAAAGCAGUUUUGGUCAGGAAAACACCAUUACCAGUAAUAUACCGAAACAUCCCCCCAAAAGGUCGACCUUUUAAUGAAGGUGUCUGUGAACAGAAGUGGAUUACACACGACUUUCAUUUUUAAAAAUGUAGACUGAUGUCAAAGAACUGUGAGAAUAGAGGUUUGAAUGCGACCAGCAACACAACGUGGUUUAACCAUACCUUAGCCAUGACAAAACUCAAAAUACUGUAUGUUAUUAAAGAAUUUAAGAGCAAAGAUCAAUUUGUUUACUACGUUAAUGUUUUAUGGCAAGCAGAAAACAAAAAAUGAAAUGUGUUUCCAUUAAAACUUAUUUUUUUCCCCUUCUA